GCACUCGUUGUCGGCAAGUGUCCUCUUUUGAAAUGGUUAGCACAAGGCCCCACAAUGGAUUGUUUAACCUUGAGCCAAUAUAUAUACACACAAAUGAAGGGUUAGCGCGUUUGAUGCAAGAUGCAACAAUUAAUGGCAGUCCCCUCUUGUGCUUUACAAAUAAAUGGAUCUUUUCAGACCCAUUUCAUCUCUGAGAGUUUUAAUCACCUGAAAACCUCACUUUCAUCAGCUGCUAAGCCUCUAUUCAAAGAAUUGCAGCAACUUCCAAUCAAGAAGGUGAAUAAUGUCUCUGAAACCAUGAAAAACACUUCUGGGAAAAUCUUAGAUGCACUUGUCAACUCCAUGUUCAAAUUUGUGGAUCAACCAUUGCUCCCUUCCCAGAAAAACUUUGCUCCAGUUGAAGAGAUUGGCAGCCUUGUUGAGAUCAACUGCACUGAAGGAGAAAUCCCCCCUGAUUUUGCCGAGGGUGUUUACAUAAGAAACGGUAACAAUCCAUUAUUUGGAGGUCUGAAAUCAGCAGUUUCCAUUUUUGGACAAUCACACCACAGUUGGGUAGACGGAGAAGGAAUGCUUCAUGCAGUAUACUUUAAGAAAGACCAAAAUGGAAGGUGGAUUAUCUCCUACAAGAACAGAUACGUUGAGACUGAAACAUUUAAGCUAGAGAAACACAUACAUAACAAACCAUGUUUCUUACCAGUCCUACAGGGAGAUGCUUCAGCAGUUUUAGCGGCACUUCUUCUAAAUGGGCUGAGAUUUGGCGCAGUGAAUAAAUACUUUAGCAACACCAAUGUUUUUGAGCAUUCAGGGAGGGUCUACUCUGUUACAGAGAAUUACUUGCCUCAAGAGGUGGACAUCUCAACUUUAGAGACUCUUUCUGAUUGGGAUGUCAAUGGUGCUUGGGAUCGACCUUUCACUGGCCACCCAAAGAAAGCUCCAAGUUCCGGAGAGCUAGUCAUAAUGGGGACGGAUGCUAAAAAACCUUACUAUGUUCUGGGGGUUAUCUCUGCUGAUGGAAAAAAACUGCACAAGGCUGAUCUCAAAUUCAAAAGAAGUGUCCUCAGCCAUGAUAUAGGAGUCACACAGAAGUACAAUGUAAUCAUUGAUCACCCCCUUACAGUGGAUAUACAAAGACUCGCCAUGGGUGGCCAAUUAAUGAAGUAUGAAAAGGAAGGGUUUGCGAGGAUCGGAGUGAUGCCCCGUUAUGGUGAUGCAGAGUCUGUCAAAUGGUUUGAGGUACAAACCAGUUGCACAUUCCACAUUCUCAAUUGCUUUGAGGAGGGCGAUGAGGUUGUGGUGAGGGGAUGUAGAGCUCUCACAUCCCUCAUACCAGGUCCUGAUGAUGACGUUGGUUUCAACAACAAAUUCGAGUGGUUCUCCGAGGGGUUCAAUUUUGCACACCAUACCAAAGACGUCUCUUCUGCUGAUGAUAUUUUUGCAGAGCCUGGAUAUUUCUUUUCUCGUGUAUAUGAAUGGAGACUGAACAUGGUAUCUGGGGAAGUUGAGGAGAAAAAUUUAACUGGAACUGAAUUUUCCAUGGAAUUCCCUUUCAUCAAUGACCAAGUAACUGGUUUAAAACACAAGUAUGGCUACACCCAAGUAGUCGACUCCAUGGCAAGCUCUACAUGUGGCAUGGGAAAAUUUGGAUCUCUAGCCAAAUUAUAUUUGGAGGAAUCGUAUGCUACGACAUCUGCGGAGGGAAAGUGUGAGGAGUUGAUAAAGGUUGAAUAUCACAAGUUUGAGGAGAACAACUUCUGUAAUGGAAGCGUUUUUGUGGCUAGGCAUGGAGGCAAAGGCAUGGAGGAAGAUGAUGGUUGGAUUGUCACUCUUGUCCACAAUGAAGAAACUGAUGUGACCCAAGUUCAUGUUAUUGAUGCAAGUAGGUUUGGAAGUGAUGCGAUUGCUAAACUCACAUUGCCACAGCGCGUGCCAUAUGGUUUUCAUGGAACGUUUGUAUCAAUGCCUAGUCAAUCUUAGCAUUUAUAUGUAUGAAAAAAUAUAAAAAGUAAAGCUAGAGAAAUCAUGUUGGUGUGAGUUCACGUUUCCCCGUAUUGUUUGGUUGUAAUCAUUUUUCAUUUUUAUUUCUGAUUUCCUAGUGUAAAUAGAAUUAGAAGUAAUUGUCUUACUUGGCUUUUAAGGUUACUUGGACUCCAAGGCAUGAUGUACUAUAUAUAUGUGCCUCCUACAAAAAGAAGAAUACACAAAAAAUUAUCACAA